AUGAUAAAGAACGAUACCAUUUUCGGCUUGGUUACUUUGUUAUUUUUGCAACAAAUCAAAUACCUAGGGUUGGGUGUCCGCCUCGCAAGAUGGGGCUACAAGACACGAACGGGCGUUUUCUGCAUUUUAAGACGACAUUGCAUCGGUGUUUGGCGGCACAAUAAUCAGAUUUUCUCGGCAUCAACUGUUUUCAUUUUACAUGGGAGGCAUGGGUUGGCCUUCCCAUUCAUACCAAAAUGUCUUCUCUCAUCGCGGUUAUGGGUUAUGAAGUCAACAAGAGAAAAAGAACAACAUAGAAAGGAGUGCUUUUCGCAAGCGGGGUCUUUAUCGGUGUUAUUUGAUCGGUCGCAUCUUGGAAAUAUCUUUGGGCGGUGGUCAGGAUCGAGACGAACGGUGUUUUUGCGACAAUUGAUAUCCCUUUACGGGACGGAAAUCUGGGAAAUUACGGGGAGUUGGUCGAAUUUUUGGUGUUGUCCCGCUGCUGCAAUGAACGGGAACGAAAAAGGUUCACCCUUUGCCCAUUCUUUUCUUUGUAUCAUCUUGGGACGGCCUAUAUAUUUGUCCUCUUUUUGUUUUCUUGUUCAUGGUUUAGGCCUGAGCGCCAUAGCUGGCGCUGGCCUUCCUAGUGUUUUUGGGACCGGAGUAGCUUAUACUUUGGAGCGUUGUUUGGUUUGCCCAUGUCUUGGUUGGACGGGCUUCUUUUACAAUAUUUUGUCUCGCCUCGGCAAGCAUCUGGAGUGUUCAGGGGGCCUGGGAUACAUGUCAUGA